AUGGACUACGCUCGGAACAAGCCAGCCGAUGGUGGUGGUCAUGUCAACCAGAAGAAUGCAGCCGGUCAGAAGUCUACCACGCCUUGUCAGAAAGGUGGCCCAAAAACCCCCGUGAAACCAUCGGCGCAGAAAGGCGCAGCGAAAACCGCUCCUCCUAAGCAAGCGGCAGCAGCAGCGGCAGUGAAGACUCCUCAGGGCAAGAAGAAGAAAGGCCACAAGCACCAGCAGUACGAACUGAUCGUCACCAUAAAUCUGUCUGAAUAUGGCCUCACGGAAGAACAAGUAGCAGAAUUCAAGGAAGCCUUUAUGCUGUUCGACAAAGAUGAAGAUGGUACAAUCACGAUGGCAGAGCUUGGAGUGGUCAUGCGAUCGCUUGGACAAAGACCUUCAGAGACGGAGCUGCGUGACAUGGUGAAGGAGGUGGACCAGGAUGGAAACGGUACCAUCGAGUUCAAUGAGUUCCUCCAAAUGAUGUCCAAGAAGAUGCGCGGGUCUGAUGGAGAAGAUGAACUCAGAGAGGCUUUCAGGGUAUUCGACAAGAACAACGACGGUCUGAUAUCAUCGGUGGAACUGCGUCACGUGAUGACCAACUUGGGGGAGCGGCUCAGUGAGGAGGAGGAGACUUACGUGCGAAUGUUCUUAGACAUGUUUGACGAAAAUCGGUUGAGCCGUUUAGAAGCUAUGGGGGGAGUUCGUGACAAUAUUGACGUCGAAAAACUAGUAUGCAGACCACAGGCCGAAGAGAGAACCUCCCGGAAGCCAGUGCCCAUAUUCGUACCUUGA